UGUAACCCACGAAAUCCACCGAAGAAGACUUUUCCUACAGGAAGUCGCCUUUGUGAAAUUCCGUUUGUUUUCUUUUGUUUGAGCGUGUUCACGCGGAUGAACUCAGGCGUUGUGUAGAUAAUAAUAGUCCAAAAUGUCGAGCGUUAGACUCCAGGGCUUUCGGAGCUUUUUGACUGAACGCCUCACCGCCGUGGCCAUGGAGGUGUUUGGUGAAGUUGAAAGUAUCGUCGUGGAGUGCUGUGAGGAAAACAAGCGCCUGCGGGACAUUCUGCACAUGGUCCUCAACCCCGAGAUAAAGUUACACAGGAUAGAUGUUAAUAACUACGCUGGAGAACAGCCCUCAGAGCCUAACACCGGGGUGGACCUUGAAAUAUCAGAGGGCCUCACUACGAUAGCUAAAGCAGGGAAAAUAGAAUAUGACUUAAGUUGGGAUCAGCGACAAGUGCUGACUGAAGCUGACAACUUCAUUACACCAGUCUGUGUUAAAGAAGAGCAUAUUGAGUGUGACAUAAGUUUGGAGCAACAUCUGGGGCUGGGUGAAGCCAACAACGAUUUUACAUCAGACUGUUUUGAAAACGGAUCAAAAGAAGAGGAAGAAGAAGACAUCACUGACACAAACCAGAUUCAUGUGGCAGGUACCAGACUUGAGGCUUCAGCUAAUAGCUCAACUGAUGAAGCAGCUGAAGAUGGAGACUGUACCUCAGAUGAGUCAGAAGCAGAUUGCCAGAUUGAAGAAGGGACAAGUGAGAGCCACAUAUUUAAAAAAGGCUCAGAAACUUCAAACACAAAAACUGAAGCACGGAAUCGAAUGAUGGCUGAACCAGUAAAACUGCGGAUCAUCCUUGGUUCCAACAAUACUGAAAAACUGACGAUAGCAUCGGGCAUGCCAAAGUCUGUGGAGGAUCUUUCAGAUGAGAGCAAACGUCAGUUUGAUAUUCAGGGGGACAUUAGACUCCAGUACAUGGACAGUGACUUUGAUAAUGAGUUUAUCAACCUUAAACGAAUGGAUGAUAUUCAGGACAAGAGCACAGUGAAAGUCAUCUGUCUGACUGAUGCUUCAGACUUUGGUGAAGUUGGGAUGAACCAAAGUGGGGAAGAAACGUCACUAUCAUCUUCUGACACACUAUUACUUUCAUCCUCUGACUCCGAAACUGCUCGAUCUCAGUGGCCUGCAGAAUUCCAAAUACCAAAGUUUCCGUAUGACGUGGAGAUGCAACUUCAAAGUGCAAACCAGGCUUUCAUAUCAAAUGGAAUUCUUCUGAACCCAGGACACAAACUUAAGUCAGACAUUUUAGAAGCUCUAGCUGAGAAAAUCAUGACGUUUAAGGCAUAUCCUUCAAACUUGGAAAUAGAAUCUGUUGCUGAAGCUUUAAUCAAAGCACAUCCAUGCUUAAGAGAACAAGGAUCUUUCAGUGGUUUCUACGGAUGGAAGAUUAGCCUCAAGUACAAGAUGGCAAAUUAUAGGACAAAGCUUAGAAACUUGGGGUGCCCAGAAGUGAGCAUUAAUUCCCUCAAGCACAAACCAACCGAUCGAUGUCACCCAGCAUAUGCUGUCAAAAAACCUAGAAAGGCAGAGGUAAAUUUUUGUCCUCCUUAUCCGGCUGGAGAGACCCAGGACAGCCUUGAAAGGGAGAGAUUGGCAUUGCUAACUGAGGUCAAGAAGAAGCAUAAUGAGAUAGUUAUCAAAGAGAAGAUGGCCAGGACCUUUGCAUACAGGAGGCAGGAACUUGUCAAAAACAAUCCCAUGAUCGCCGACUUCAAGAUCAGAUGGCCAGGACUAUUUAGUGUGGCUGAGGUAGAAGCAGAAUUUGUAAGGAUUACUACUGCUCCACUGGUUCCGAGGUUUCUUGCACAACUUGACCAAUACACUGACCAACUAAUAAAAGUCUUCAAGAAUAAAGGAGGCGCUGCAGGGAGGAAAAUCAGGCAAAUUUUGGCCCCAGCCACACAGAAUGAAACUAUUGAAAAGAGGAGGGAGUGUGUCCUCAGGGCACUACCUCUUUACCUAAAUGAAGACCCAAGCAUCCUCUUUAAAGAAUACCUGGAUUCUGAUGCUACAGCUGUUCAAAGGGAGCUGGAACAAAUUACCCUUGGUAUCUUCACCAUCAGUGUUGAAGGAGGUGAUGCCAGCACUCCUCCAGCUGAUGUGGGUAUAACCAUCGAGGGUGUUGAAGUUCUGCAUGACCUGGGAGACAUGGCCUCUGCGUGUGCGGUCUUAAUGGGUGUGAUAUAUGCACUCAAUCUCAGUUAUCCUCGGGAACUGAAAGCUUUCUUUGAGGUACUUCAGAAGGUCUUCCUUCAUCUGGAUGCCAGCAGACUCUCAACAAAGGUACAGAUGCUCAAGAAUAAACUGUAUGAAUAAUCCAACCCUUCUUUUAUUUGGAUGAAUGUUCUGUCAGAUGGACAGAAGUUUUUGGGAGGCGAAUAAAAUGGAAAUUUGGUUUAAAAAAUGUUGUUGUUUUUUUUGGUGGGGGGGGAACCAAAAUUUGAGAGAGAUUUAAAACAUUUGUUUGUAAACAAUUGCAAUUACAGAGAUUUUACUCUUUUUGGGGGCGGGGGGGUUUAGGGCCUACUAAAAGAUUAUUCAAAGUAUUUAGAUUUAAAUGGUUUCAUUGAGAGACGAUACAGGAUGAAUGUGCAUUUUGCCGCAUUUUAAAAAAGAACAAUUCUUUCCAUGUUAAAAUGUUUGCCACUUGAGUUUUUUCCCUAUACAGUGGUAAAAUAAAUGCUGUCAGUGGCAAGUGUUAAAUGAGUUCUGUUAAGCUGCUGCAAAAAACUGAAAACUGGCAAGCUGUUUUAUUGUCAGAUCAUAAUGUUUGCAUAUUUUAUUCAAGUUUUAUUUGGGAUGGUGAUAUCAUUUUGGGAAUAUUAGUAGACUAUUUGUUUUUAUUAUUAUUAUUAUUACUUUUUUUUUUUAUCUAACCUGGUGACUGGAACCUGUUUAUUCUGUUCUUCACAAAUUUGUCAUGGGAUGCCGUCCAGGAUUGUGGCUGUUAAGGUGAACAGUUCAUUUUGAUUUGUUAAAGGUUUUGUG